CUCUAUCAUCUUUUCCACUCCUCACUCUGUUAGUUCUAUACAACUCACCCAUCGCCUGGGGACUGAGUCUGACCUUGGGCUUUUCAGCUGCCAAGCAACUCCAGCAUCUGUUCUGACCGAACUCAAAGUUGUAACUAAGGAGUUUGGAGAAAAUAACAAGAUGAUCAAGGUUGAAGUAAUUCACAAAGAAAUUAUUAAACCAUCCUCUCCAACUCCUCACCACCUUAGACAUUUGUGCCUCUCCCUUUUUGACCAGAUUGUGCUUGAACUGCAUCUGCCACAAGUUCUCUUCUAUCCUAGCAGCAGUGAUGAACAUUCUUUGGUCGCUGAAAAGUCCGAGCUUCUAAAGAAAUCAUUAUCUGAGGCCCUCACUAUCUUCUACCCCUUUGCAGGGGAGUUCAAAUAUAACGUUUCCAUCAACUGCGAUGACCGCGGAGCUCUAUUUCUUGAAGCCCAAGUCAACUGUCCCAUGUCCAAGAUCCUGGACAAAACCGAUUCUGAGAUCCUGAGACAACUGGUUCCAACACCUAUGCGUUCCAAACAAGCACAAGUAGGGCAUCUUGUAAUAGUCCAGGCCAACGUAUUCGAAUGUGGUGGAUUGGCAAUUGGCGUCAACAUUUCGCAUAAGGUCGCCGAUGCCGCAGCGUACAGCAAAUUCAUCGAAAGCUGGGCUCAAAUUGCCCGCUGCACUGCCAGCACUACUGACCAUCACGUAGUACUUCCUACAGAAUUUGGUGUUGCAGCUACUUUGUUCCCACCACAAGAAUUUUUUAACUCACCGAAGACCUCCCUCACGCUACCUUUUAUUGACAAAGUUAUCGGAAGGAGGCUUGUCUUUGAUGCCUCAAAGAUUGCUGCUCUCAAGGCCAAAGCUGCCAGUGCCACAGUGCCAAAUCCGACGCGAGUUGAAGCAGUUUCCGCGCUCAUUUGGAAAUCCGCAACGGAAGCAUCAAGAUCGAACUUGGGUUUUGCAAGGCCAUCCACAUGGCGGUCCGCUGUGAACCUGAGGAAAAUAUUGGCUCAGCCCUUCGCAGAAAACUUACAAGGGAAUUUUGUGUUUUUUACCAUGCCGAAGAUUGAAGAAAAUGAAGUAUAUGAUCUUCAAACCUUGGUUGCAAAAAUGAGGAAAAGCGUUGAGGAACUUAGGGUAAAAUAUGCCAAUGAAAUUAGAGCGGAGGAAGUAGUUCAAUUCGUGAAGGAGUAUCGUAAACUCGUUAAAAAGGAUGAUAUGGACAACUAUUUUUGCACCAGUUUGUGUGGGUUUCCUUUCGGCUCGGCCAAUUUUGGAUGGGGAAAGGCAUCAUGCAUACGUAUCCCUUGGAAUGAAGAUUUCAAAAACUUUAUGUUAUUGUUGGACGCAAGUGAUGGCAUUGGAAUCGAUGCAUACAUAACACUGAAAAAAGAAGAUAUGGUCAUGAUUGAAACCAACCAGGACCUGCUUGCAUAUGCUUCUCUGCAAGAGAUCAUUACUGAAAGUUGUUUCGCAUAUAGGUGAGACCUAUCCCGAAGACGAGCGCGGUCACUCGAGGCAAGAGGGUUACGACCCUUCUACAUACCAGUGAGUGGGCUUUUGGUUUUCCGUAUAUACCUAUAUACUUAUGUUUUUCCCAGAAAAUGAAUUGAAACAUUUAUACGUUUUUAUGCCAUGCUUAUUGUUUGCCAUUUAUUUAUACAUUAUUAGUUGCAUAUGUAUAUAUAAGUUUGGUGCUGCGGACGCACAGGUAAGUGCUAGGUGAGUUAUGAUUUACGUUUAUGUUCAGUAGUGAUUUGAG